AGUAGCCAUUUUGGUCCCACCUAACCCCGACAGAGCAGCUUCACUUCGGGCCGUCGGAGAUGGAAGAAACCGAGUCGACGGCGAGUAUUUCAGCCACCUAAAAAGAAAACCUUUCUGAACCCCCACCCUCCCCGACCCCUGUACCCCCCCCUCGGACACACGGACCGGUGACAGUCGACGCCAUGGCGGCCGCUUUGUGAGACAGUUGUUCUUUGUGGAAGUGGCGACCGACAGCGCCUUUUACUUUAGUUAGCUUCACUGACUCAAACACAAAAACGGACAGACGGACACUGAUUUUUUUUUUUUUUUUUUUUUUUUUUGAAACACAGGCCAUGAACGGUAUGUACGCGCCAUGUAAGAUAUCGAUUAGGUUAUUAUAGGGAUUUUUAUUUUUUAUUUUUUUUUUAUAUAUAUAUAUUAUUUCUGUUCAGGUGCUCGGCUCUAACACGUCCGGUCUGGAUCUUUUUUUUUGGAAACAGUCACGAUCCAUGCUGAGACAGUUCCCUCCGGAGAGAGCUGCAAAGCACAGCAAUACUUUAAUUCUGUCGGACUGAAGAAGGGUUGUUUUUAUUAUUAUUUUAUUUGUAUUUUGUGGAUUUGUGGACGGCGACUGGUGGAAGAAGGACGAAUAAAAGAUGUCAACAAAAACUCCUUUACCUACCGUCAACGAGAAGGUGACGGAAAGUCACACGUCUCACAGUAAUGGCCGUCAGGAGAUCACCACGCGCUCGGGCCGGACCGGCGUGCGAUCCCGCAGCUCCGAGGAGGCGCAGCAGCCCCACGUCGGCAACUACCGGCUGCUCAAAACCAUCGGGAAGGGCAACUUCGCCAAGGUCAAACUGGCCCGACACAUCCUCACCGGCAGAGAGGUGGCAAUUAAGAUAAUAGACAAGACGCAGCUGAACCCAAACAGCCUUCAGAAGCUCUUCAGAGAAGUUAGAAUAAUGAAGAUCUUGAAUCAUCCCAAUAUAGUCAAGCUUUUUGAAGUGAUUGAGACGGAGAGGACGCUCUACCUGGUGAUGGAGUAUGCAAGUGGAGGAGAAGUCUUCGACUACCUGGUUGCACAUGGAAGAAUGAAGGAAAAAGAGGCCAGAGCUAAAUUUAGACAGAUUGUAUCGGCGGUGCAGUACUGCCACCAGAAGCACAUUGUUCACAGAGACCUCAAGGCAGAGAACCUGCUCCUCGACGCAGACAUGAACAUCAAGAUCGCAGAUUUCGGCUUCAGCAAUGAGUUCACGAUGGGCAACAAGCUGGACACGUUCUGCGGUUCUCCGCCGUACGCGGCGCCGGAGCUUUUCCAGGGGAAGAAGUACGACGGGCCGGAGGUGGACGUCUGGAGUCUGGGGGUCAUUCUGUACACGCUGGUCAGCGGCUCGCUGCCCUUCGACGGACAGAACCUCAAGGAGCUGCGUGAGCGUGUGCUCAGAGGGAAGUACCGCAUCCCUUUCUACAUGUCCACGGAUUGCGAGAACCUCCUCAAACGCUUCCUGGUGCUCAACCCGGCCAAGCGGGGUACUCUCGAGGUGAGGGAGGACGCAGAAAAUCAAAUCAUGAAGGAUCGAUGGAUCAAUGCAGGAUUUGAAGAGGACGAGCUCAAGCCUUACACUGAACCAGAGCUGGACAUCACGGACCAGAAGAGAAUAGAUGUGAUGGUGGGGAUGGGCUACAACCUGGAGGAGAUCCAGGACUCUCUGGCCAAGAUGAAGUAUGACGAGAUCACAGCCACGUACCUGCUGCUGGGCCGGAAGGCCUCUGAGCUGGAGCCCAGCGAGUCGGCCUCCAGUAGCAACCUGUCUCUGGCCAAACCGAGACCCAACAGCGAGCUCAACGGACAGUCGCCCUCCCACCUCAAAGUCCAGAGGAGCGUCUCCUCCAACCACAAACAGAGACGUUACAGCGAGCAAGUCGGCCAGAACGUCCCUCCAGGGAUGGCUCAUCCAAAGAGGAGUCAGACCACCACAGCGGAGAACAGCACCAAGGAGGAAGGAGGAGUCCAGCUCCGUAAACCCACCACCCCGGGGAGCCGCGGGGCGCCACCCUCCAGCCCUCUGCUGGGCAACGCCAACAACCCCAACAAGGCCGACAUCCCUGACCGCAGGAAAGGCGCCACCACUGGCCCGAGCAAUAACACCGCGUCGGCAGGUAUGACCCGGAGGAACACGUACGUCUGCAGUGACAGAAACAACGCGGACCGCCUCUCCGUCAUUCCCAACGGGAAGGAGAACAGCAGUGUCGCCGUGUCGCCCAGCAGCCAGAGGAACCCGGUGGCGUCGAUCCACAGCAUCGCCAACGCCACCACGCCCGACCGGCUGCGCUUCCCGCGAGGCACCGCCAGCCGCAGCACCUUCCACGGGGGCCAGCUGAGGGACCGCCGCACGGCCACGUACAACGGCCCGCCGGCCUCGCCGACCCUCUCCCACGACGCCACUCCUCUCUCGCAGACCCGCAGCCGUGGAACCAGCAACCUGUUCUCCAAACUCACCUCCAAACUCACCCGCAGAAACAUGUCAUUCAGGUUUACCAAAAGAGUCUCAACCGAGUUUGAGAGAAACGGGAGACUUGAGGGCUCAAGUCGCCAUGUACCUGGGGAUCAAAAAGGGGAAAAUAAAGACAGUAAACCCCGCUCCCUCAGAUUCACUUGGAGUAUGAGGACCACCAGCUCCAUGGAGCCUUGCGACAUCAUGCGGGAGAUUCGCAAGGUGCUCGACGCCAACAACUGCGACUACGAGCAGCAAGAGAGUUUCCUGCUUCUUUGCGUCCACGGGGACGGGCGAGCCGAGAACCUGGUCCAGUGGGAGAUGGAGGUUUGCAAGCUGCCCCGUCUCUCCCUCAACGGCGUCAGGUUCAAACGGAUAUCCGGAUCAUCCAUCGCUUUCAAAAACAUUGCUUCCAAAGUUGCCAACGAGUUAAAGCUAUGAAACAAAAUACAAUUCAAUAAAAUUUAAAAAAAAGGGUUUAAAAAAAGUAUACAUAUAUAUAUCUAGAAGUAUUUAAGCUGUACAAUCAUCCAAGUAGCAGUUUCCAAAAUGUCUCCCCCCCCCCACCCCCCACCCCCUUUUUUUAAACAAAAUACAGAGUAUGUAUUGAAUAUUAUAAUGUAUAGAUUAAGGCUUUUGGCAAUAAUCACUGAAUUUACCUACUAAUAUCUCAGUCUAUUCUGGCCACACGGGGUCGACAUUAACGAGUUGAAUAUGAUUUGUCAUGCUGUGAAUGUGGACACACACAAAAAAACAAAAAAAUUUACAUUUCUAGUCUUAUUUAUUUUUAUUUUUUUUUUCUCUCUCCUGGAAAAAGAAAAAUAUUACGUAGCUUUUUUUUUUUUUUUUUUUCUCUUCGUUUUCAGUGUAAAUAAUGUAUCUUACUUUAAGACGGCUUCACUGCAAUACUCUUUUUGUUUUGUAUUUCGUUUAAAAAAGUAGAGACGACGAUGAUGAUGAUGAUGAUGAUGAUGAUGGGGGAGGGAGGGGAGGGCUGGGAGGGGGAGGGAGUCAGUGUAAAAGGGUCACUCAUGUCUCAAUUAAAGUGUCUGUCAACUUGAACGUCCCCCCCCCACCCCCCCGUCUCACGCUGAUCAUUUGUAACCCCGGACACACAGUCGAGAUGAAAAAUAUAAAAACGUUUUGCUUCCA